AUGGUUUUACUGUUGCUCAAGUCAAACCGAUUUGACUGUAAGCCCAUCAGAAAGGUCGCUCAGGGAGCGGACCCCCAGCAGGGCCCUGCAGACGAGGCGGGGAGAGUUCUGGGCUCCUGGGGGCCCUGGGGCCCCUGGGCGACGUGCUCGCGUUCCUGUGGGGGAGGGGUACAGGAGCGGUCCCGCUCGUGCCUGCCCCCUCGGCCCCCCGCCAGGCUGGCCGCUCCAGCUCCAGCCCUGCUCCCUGGGCGUGUGGUGUCCGCCCUGCGGCCCUAUGUGCCUCUGCUCCGCCAGAACCCCAACGGCACACACCGGAGGGGGUACCCCUCCUCUACACACAGGGGAGCAGGCGAGAAGCGCAUCGCUCCGGGCAUGUACGGCUAUGGGAAGGUGCCGUACGCCAUGCCGCUGCAGACAGCCGCUGACCCAGAGAGGGGGGCGUCUCAGUCCUCCCCGCCCGGCUCCCGGUCUCCGGCCCAGCUCAGGAGCCCGUGGCAUGGCGUGCGGCAGCGCAGUCCUCACCACAGCUCCGCCGGCGCCCGGCACACGCUCCUCCAGUCCCAGCCGAGGACCGGCCCGGCCAGGCCCUACCUGUACCAGCCCGGCCCUGUCCACACUGCCCAGAAACCUCCGCACACCAGCAGCCAGUCCUCCCCUGUCUGUGGAGGAGACCCGAAGCAGUUCAUGAUGUGCAGCACUCAUUCUUGUCCCCCAGCCAGUCCACAGAUCAGAGUGCUGCAGUGUUCCUCUUACAACAAUGUCCCCUUCAUGGGUCGGCUGUACAACUGGGAGCCUUUCAUCGAAGUUCAGGGUGACCUGCAGUGCCAGCUCAACUGCCGCGCUGUCGGCUUCCGUUUCUACGUGCAGCAGUCGGAGAAGGUCAUCGACGGGACGCCGUGCGGCCAGAACGGGACCUCCGUCUGCGUAGCGGGGAAAUGUCAGAGUUUGGGCUGCGAUGAGUUUCUGGGCACAGAUAAGGUGAUGGACAAGUGCGGAGUGUGUGGCGGGGACAACACAGCCUGCAGAGUAGUCUCUGGGACCUUCAAGCACACCUUAUCUAAGGUGGGCUACCACAAGAUUGUGGAGAUCCCAGAGGGUGCCACCAGGAUUAACAUCACCGAGAUGGUCAAGAGCCGGAACUACCUGGCUCUCCGCAGUCGUUCUGGACGCUCCAUCGUCAAUGGGGACUGGGCCAUUGACCGCCCAGGGAAGUAUGAGGGCGUGGGCACCAUGUUCACAUAUCGUCGGCCCAAUGAGAUACGCAGCACUGCUGGAGAGUCCUUCUUGGCAGAGGGGCCCACCAAUGAGAUCCUUGAUGUUUAUAUGAUCUACCAGCAGCCCCAUCCUGGAGUGCAGUAUGAGUUUGUUCUCCCUGGUGAGAAUGCAGUCAGUCCACAGGUCCCUCUUGAUAAAACGCCCAAUGGAAACACCUUAAAUGGUCAGGGGGGACGUGAACAGACUAGUGCUGGCAGGUACCCUUCUCAGACGCCUGACAACAAAGUGCCAGUCCCCCAACCACCCAGACACCACCGAGAGCACAACUGGAAACUUGCGGGGUUCACAGACUGCAGUGCCUCCUGUGGGAAAGGUACCAGGCACACAGUGUUCCGCUGUGUCCACAGGGCCACUCAUGAGCAGGUGACGGACAGCCUGUGUGACAGUGCCUCUAAGCCCAGCCCACAGGCGGAGCCCUGCAAUAUGCUGCCCUGCCCUGCCUUCUGGGACAUUGGCGAGUGGUCGGAGUGCAGUAGGACCUGUGGCCUGGGCAUGCAGCACAGACAGGUCCUCUGCCGGCAGGUGUACGGCGACCGCACCCUGAACGUGCACACGGGUCGCUGCCAACACCUGGAGCGACCCGAGACCACCAGCACCUGCCAGCUGAAGAUCUGCAGCGAGUGGCAGAUCCGCACCGACUGGACGACCUGCUCGGUUCCCUGUGGGGUGGGCCAGAAGUCCCGGGAGGUGCGCUGCGUCAGCAACGUGGGCGACUUUGUGGCCGACCAAGAGUGCAACAUGAAGCUGAGGCCCAACGACGUAGAGAACUGCGACAUGGGUGCCUGUGCUAAGAGCUGGUUCUUUACCGAGUGGGGCAGCCAGUGCUCCGCGGAGUGUGGAAUGGGAGUGCGUACACGGAGCGUGCUGUGCCUGACCAAUCAGAUCAGCAGCUUGCCCCUGGAGGGCUGUGGGCUGGAGCGCCCCCCAGAGGCCCAAGCAUGCGACAGCGGCCCCUGUCACAAUCAAAUCGAGUGGUUCACUGGACAGUGGAGCCAAUGCUCUGCGGAGUGUGGUAUGGGCAAUCAGCAGAGGCAGGUGGUGUGCCUGAUGAAGUCGGAGGAAGGCCACGCAGUGCUGCCGCCCUACGAGUGCUCGUCUCUGGACCGGCCCUCCAGCCAGCAGAACUGCCAGCUCAAGGCCUGCGGUGCCAAGUGGUACCACACCGACUGGAGCGCCUGCUCCAAAACGUGCGAGGGGGGGUUCCGUGUGCGAGAGGUGCGCUGUCUCUCCGACGACAUGCUGCCCAGCGAGCGCUGUGAGACCCAGCUGAGGCCAGAGGAGCGCGAGGCCUGCAGUCCGGUGCCUUGCGUCCCUGAGAUAGAUGAGAACUGUCGAGACAAAUAUUUCAACUGCAACGUGGUGGUUCAAGCGCGCCUGUGUGUGUAUAAUUACUACAAGACGGCAUGUUGUGCAUCCUGCACACGAGUGGCCCGAAAGCAGUCAGGUUACCGAGGACGCAGAUGA